ACGGCAUCAUUUUCUCUAGUUCUAGACGGACCUUGUCCAAAAAUCACUGGGGUUCCAUUGAAUUUGGAAAAAAUGAUUGGAAUAUGGCACCAGUACGCAGUAAGUGUCAGUAGGUACGAUCCUUUGCAAAUAUGUGCGAACCAAAUUUGGCUGCCACCUAAAAAUUAUGUAUCAACAGUUAAACUCAUCAGUAGAUCAAAAACGACGCAUGAAACCCUAAAAAGUCUAGCGGAGAUGUAUAUGACUCGCAAUAAUGUAUUAAAAGUUAACAACCAUAUACCAAUAGUAGGAAAUGCGCCAUAUGAAGUAGUAGUACUCGGCAUAGAUUAUAUCAAUUUUGGCAUCACUUGGGGUUGUAUGUCUCGUGGACAAAAUAAGCGUGAAGAAAUCCUGUCGUUAUAUACAAGACAAGUAAAGCCAUUGAUUGAUGUUGUGAAAAUGACGAAAAAAAUAAUGGCUGAGUACAACCUUACGAUGCCCGAACUAGUUUUUACAGAUCAAAACUGCUAA